CCUUGGUGUUUCUAUCUUUGCUCUCUCAGACAGCGCAAAUCCGGCUUCGUCCCUCCGCUUUUUUUCGUUUCCCUUCUUACCGGUCACUUGAACAUGUGCGAAUAUGAAUACAUAGGUGACUACUAUAGAGGCUGUCAGCACUUCCAUGGCCGAUAUUACUCGGGGGAGGUAUUCGAUUGCAAUUCACCGGAUUGCAGGACGAGCCAGGCACACAAGCACAGCAGAGGCUUAAACUGUCGUUGUCCAAGCGUGUCAGUUGACCGCCAGCGCGUGCAGAAUAUGUUUUAUACCAAGCAUCCUGAAUGCGAGUAGACAUGCCUGGUGCUGGCUGCAGGACGAUAAUCUCUGUAUCAUUACUUACGGUUUACCUCUGCAUGUUCGAGCCUGGUGCAAAACUAAUGCAAGACCAAUUCGCAGCUUCCAUCGCCCUGACAUUGACAGAGCUCACCAUCAUCGACGCUAACAAUGCUGCACCGGACCGACUACUAUGCACUGUAACAGCGCGCUGUGCAGCCUCAGUCGCUAACAAAACAU